AUCAAAUUUGAAAUUUAGUCCCGCAACCCACUUUCCACUUUCUAGUUUCUACAGCUCUCGCUAUCGCUUCGUCUACUGUAUACAUACAUCAACACAGCACAUGUGCUCUUAUAUAUAUAUAUAUAUACAUAUAUAUACAGGAGCUGCUUUUAGGUGGAUCUAAACGCUUGAUUCAGCUCUGAAUCGUCGACCGGAGAGCAAAAGAGAUCGGAGAUGUUGGACGGACUGCUAGGCCGAGGUUUCAGCUCCAAAUGUAAAUCGUUGAUUAAGCAGACGAGGAUCCGAAUCGAUGUGCUGCGCCGGCGUCAGGAGGCGACACAGAGGUUUCUGAAGGGCAAUCUCGCUCAGUUACUCACUAACGGCCUCGAUAUCAAUGCCUUCGGAAGGACUGAAGAAUAUUUGGCUGGACAAAAUCUCUUGUCAUGUUAUGAUUUUAUUGAGCAGUCCUGCGAAUACAUGGUGAAGCAGCUUUCGCUUAUGCAAAAACAGAGGGAAUGCCCUGAGGAAUGCAGGGAAGUUGUGGGAUCCCUCAUGUUUGCAGCAGCAAGAUUUUCUGAUUUUCCAGAAUUGCGUGACCUCCGGGAUACAUUUCAAGAGAGAUAUGGAACUUGUUUGGAACAUUUUGUUAAUCAUGAGUUUGUUGAAAAAUUAUCUUCACGGCCUGCAAAAAUGGAGAAGAAAAUCCAGUUGUUGGAAGAAAUUGCAUUAGAGUUCUCAAUAAAGUGGGAUUCCAGGGGUUUUGAGCAGAGGAUGUGUAAUCCUUCUGCAUUUGCACAGGAGCAACCUAAGAAAUAUGGGCCCGUCAAUGACCAUGAAGAUAAAUACACAUUACCUAAUGGAACUGACAAAAAGAAGGAUAAACUCAGUAGUUAUUCAUCUAAAGACAAGAGAGAGCUUACUGGUCAGAAACACAAAGUGCAGAAUGCCUUGGAGGAUAAUCAGUCGAAGAGGAAUGAGUUUGAUCAGCAGCUCUUUGGGAGAGAGGAAUUAAUUGGUAGAAAUCACAAACCACAAUUUGGUAGUGAACAAACUAUCCCUAGAAGAGACAAGCAUGGCAUUCCACUUGGAGGAAGACGAGAAUUAGCUGAUGAUAAGUGUGAUUUGUCGUUAACAAAUGGGGAGGAUGGUGACCCAAAAAGAGGUAGACCAGGCAGUUCGUUUCGUGGAAAGAGGCCAGAUUUUGUUGAUAAUGGGUAUGAAGUGCAUAGCAAUAGGGUGAAUAAUGUUACCAAAGGGAGCGCCAGGGCUCCUCAUUUGAUGCAAAACCAGAAAAUGCUGCUAGAGUUGCAGGCAUUCCAAGUAGGCGUGAUGGUACCUCUUCAGCUGGCCAUAAUGUUUAUGGCCAACCAGACACUGCAACCUCAGCAAGAAAAAUUCAGGAGGAAGAACCAGAUAGGUCAAAGCCCUUCACCAGUAAUGCCCUCCCUCCGCCCUAUCUCAAAUCGAGAGAUAAACUGGUCCCUCCGCCUUAUACUAAACCGAAAGAUAGGAAACAUGGAGUUAAUGCAGAAGCUAAAACUUCAAGUUCUGACUACAACGCGGUGCCCAUGGACCCUUCUACAAGUAAGAGAGACAAUGCAGUUGGUACGUCAGAGAAUAUCCAUGAAAAGGAUUCUGAACUCUAAGGAUCAGAUUGCUGGGACUGCAGGACCCAAUCACCACGGUCAUGAGAGAGAUUCACCUUAUUGGGAUAAUGUACCUUUGCCAAAACCAAAAUCAAUGAGAAGGAAACACCCAAAAUCAUCAUCCAGUCGUGAUGAUGCUGGUAAUUCUGAAGAUGCGGGAGUUGUAAAGAGAAGGUCAAGUAGCAGGAGAAGGGACGACUCAAGAAGGGGCUUGCAAAUCUUGUUUGACGAUCAUCGUAGAACAGAUGAAGAGGAAAGGGUGAUAGACAAACUGCUGCUCCAUUACAGUAGCAAACCGUCAACGUAUGGACCGGAGAAGGUAACCAGAAAGUCUAAAGCUCAUGCUUUGCAUCAGAGAGCCACUGAUACUGGCGACAACCCUCAUCGUAGCAGAGAUGGACCUGAUUUGCAGGUAGAAGUGGCUUCUCCUCCCAACAGAUCUGUUUCUCUGCCUCGAGAACAAACUACUCCAGCAGAACCGGUGAAAGUUUUUACUCGCGCCAAUUCAUUUCAGCCAGAUCAGCCAGCAAAGCAUGUCCAUCCCAAAUUACCAGACUACGAUGACUUAGCUGCCCGGUUUGCAGCCCUGAAAGGGCGAUGAAGGGUAAAUCAAUACCAACUUAGAAAAUCCGGAUCUUAUACUAUGUUAACGUGACUCCUAUACAGUUAUCCGCCAACACAUCUUUUACCUACAAGUUUGUUGCCUUGUUGCUGGGAGCACAGCGAGGACUGAUGCUGCUGCUGCUGCUGGCAGGAAGGGUUAUGCUCAGAGUCACCGAGAUCAAAUGUUCUGUAUCAUGGUUUGAUUUCAAUAUGCGUGCUCCUUGUUUGUGAUGUAACAGAUGUUGUUUGUUGCCAUAAUAUGAUGAUUUUUGACUGCAAAAAGCUAGUUCUAUUUGUAUGAUGUGUUUGUUUUAUUAACUAAUUUAUGAAAGGUUGAGGGCUGAAAGAAAGUGAGAAAUUUUAGUAUAUA